GUUCGUAAAUUCGAAUCGUAGCAGCAAUGUUGUAAAUGUAAAUUAAAUUGUGUAUUUUGUUUGAAAAGUGAGGAUAUUGAUAUUAGUGAUGCAGCCCGAAACUGAAAACGAAGAAUGUGUUAUAUUUCAGCAAUUGGACCUAUUUUCUCAAGGGUUUCCUGUUAUGGAAGAAAUUCGGCGGCAGGGUAAAUUAUGCGACGUGACGUUAAAGGUUGAUUCACAGUCCUACAGUGCCCACCGAAUUGUUCUUGCGGCUACAAUUCCCUAUUUCAAUGCGAUGUUUACACAUGAUAUGGUGGAAAGCAAGCAAAGAGAAAUAACUAUUCAAGGAAUUGACUCAUCGGCACUCGAGGCACUGGUUAAUUUUGCAUAUAGUGGAAGAGUUGUCAUUGACAGCAACAAUGUGCAGUCUUUAAUGGUUGGUGCAUCUUUCCUUGCCCUACACAAAGUCAGAGAUGCAUGUGCUGACUUCUUAAAACGGCGGUUUCAUCCAAAUAAUGUUCUGGGUAUAAGAUCAUUUGCAGACACAUUAUGCUGCUCGCCACUUGUUGAAGCUGCAGACAAGUAUGUGCAACAGUAUUUCAAUGAUGUUUCUUUGUGUGAUGAAUUUCUAUCGUUAUCACAGAAUGAACUGAUUGAUAUUGUUAGAAGAGAUGAACUACAUGUUAUUUCAGAGGAACAGGUCUUUGAGGCUGUUAUGAGGUGGGUUAAGAGAGAUCCUGAAGGCCGCAAGAAAAAUUUGCCACAACUUCUUGCCAAAGUUCGUUUACCUCUUUUGCCUCCACACUACUUGGCUGACCGGGUGGCCACAGAAGAAUUAAUCAGAUCGUCUCAUGAAUGUCGUGAUCUUCUGGAUGAAGCAAGAGAUUAUCAUCUUAUGCCUGAGAGGAGAUCUCUUCUGCAAAGUUUUAGAAUAAAGCCACGUUGCUGCAACUAUGUUAUGGGCCACAUAUUUGCUGUUGGUGGUUUAACAAAAACAGGGGAUUCUCUAAGCACUGUUGAAGUAUUUGAUCCAAUUGUUGGCCGUUGGCAGCUAGCUGAAGCCAUGAGUAUGUUGCGUAGUAGAGUGGGUGUUGCUGUGAUGCGCAACAGGCUUUAUGCGUUUGGUGGGUACAAUGGCAGUGAACGAUUAUCCACUGUUGAAGUAUUUGAUCCGCAGAAACGUGUCUGGAAUAAAGUUUCACCAAUGCACUGCAGACGAAGUGCUGUUGGUGCAGCUGCAUUGAAUGACUGCUUAUAUGUUUGUGGAGGCUAUGAUGGUGUUACUUCACUGAAUACUGUGGAGUGUUAUUCCCCAGACAAAGAUGAGUGGACGAUGGUGCCAAAUAUGAUCAGACAUCGCAGCGCUGGCGGUGUAGUUGCAUUUGAGGGCUAUAUAUAUGCUCUUGGUGGUCAUGAUGGUCUCUCAAUAUUUGAUUCGGUGGAGAGGUACGAUCCACGAACUGGGCAGUGGACUUCUGUUUUACCAAUGCUUACCAGGCGUUGUCGGCUUGGAGUAGCAACACUAAAUGGAAAGCUUUAUGUGUGCGGUGGCUAUGAUGGCUCAACAUUUCUGCAGUCAGUGGAAAUGUAUGAUCCCAUUUUGAAUCAGUGGAAGUUUGUUGCACCAAUGAAUGUAAUGCGUAGUCGAGUUGCGUUGGUUGCGAACAUGGGUAAGCUGUGGGCAAUUGGAGGAUACGACGGUGUUUCAAAUUUAUCUACAGUUGAAGUCUAUGACCCAAAUACAGAUUCAUGGUCAUUUGUAGCAUCAAUGUGUGCCCAUGAAGGAGGAGUCGGUGUGGGUGUCAUACCUAUAUGUAAAGACUGACAACUGAGUGUCAAAAUUAUACAGUUAAUUUGUUGAAAUGUUUAUUGUGGAUGGUGAUUGUGGCUUGGCUGACUUUUAUUUCUUCACACACGUUUCAUAACUGUUUUUUUGUAAAUAAUUUAUGUUCUUGUUGCGUUUUAUUUUUUGUUCUAUAUUUAAAGAAAUGUCAUUCUUGAUCUGAUAUGGAUAUUUGCUUUCACAGCGAACGAUCUCAGAUUUCAAAACUGUUAAGAAAUAUAUCUGAAAUAAUAGUCCAGCGAUAAAAUGAAUAUGAUUAUUGUCAUAUUUAAUUGGUUGCAAAUUCUACGUGUGGAUUAAAAGAGUGUGAUUAUAUUGCACGUUUGAUAUGCCAAGAGAAUGAAUGUGAAACAAUUAAAAAUUGAGAUUAUUUUUAAAUGUUUGUUGUUAUUCUUAUUGCCAUGCAAAGUUUGCAUUUUUAAUGAUCAUAUUAUUAUCUACUUAAUAUUUUCUUCUUUUAAGUGGUACUGUGAUAAAACUGUAAAAACCACUCUAAUAGUAAAUUUUAGCAGUUUUUUUAACUGCUACACUAAUAGUACUAAAGGAGGUCUUGAUUAUGGGAUUAUAGUUUGCAGAAUUAAAUUCAUUAAAAUGAUUUAAUUUCUUUGUAAUGGUAAGCUAUAGGGUAAUGUUGUAAAUUAUGCUACUAUUCACUGCUAAUAUGGAACUCAGACUUUCCUAACUUAGUUUUCUGGAAGAGUAUGCUGUUGCGUGGCAUCAUUUCCCAUGUAUUGACAUAAGACCUGCAGAUUCAAGCUGUGGCCAGAAGAAAAUUUUGGCUCUUGUUCUUUACUAAAAUUGAUUACCUUCUGCUGUUUGCAGUUCCACCAUUUACAAGCAAACAUACAAACAAUUAUGAAAAAUAAAAUUAUGCCAUUAUCUGUUGUUUGUAAUUUUCGUUAAUGGGAUUAAGCCAAACUAACUAUACAAGCAGUGUGAUACAGCUGUCUUAUAACAGUCAGUCUGUCUGGUAGUAACAGAAGCACUGUGUUGAUAAUAAGCUGUGGUUCUGAGAUAAACUGUUCUCUCUCAUGAAUUUAGUCAUCAUCAACACUAAUACUGGCCAUUUAUGAACCUCUCAAAUUCAGAAUUUCCUCAGCUAUCUCAUUACGCUUACAAUCACAGAAAUUUCACUACCCCAAUUACAUUCACUUACCACAGCACAUCUUAAGGAGUAUGUUAAGAGAAAUCUGUCACAAUUAUUGAUAACAUUAAUUAAUACCCUCCUCCAACCUCUCCCUCUCAGUGGGAGUGUCUGUGUGCAACUGUAUAUGCCCAAAUUUCUCUCUUUUUACUGCUUUUUGUAUUAUGAUUUGUUUUAU